AGGUGACCUACUGCUAUAUCCACUAACACGCAUUAAUCUCAAAAUAUGAUUGAACAAAUAUGUUCAGUUGCAUACACUUAGAGGCCUUACUGACUCAGCCUAGGGGAGCAGACAGUGCCUCCUGGAUGCAGCACUUUGAUGAUGAUGACGAUGACGACGACGAUGACGAUGAUGAUGAUGAUGAUGAUGUUAAAAUCACAAUGCCAGCAACUGACAUCAUGGGGAGUUACAACGUACAAGGCACUCUUGUUUCCUGUACCCUAAUAAGAUGCAUCCUAUGUUAAGAGUUUGGAGAUUGGAUUGCUGCAGAGUUUCACCCUCUCACACAUUGCUUGCCUUGGAAUGUGAGUGUAAUCACAAUGGAAACAUCUAUGAGAUGAGAGCCUAUUAAAUGAAUCCACAGACUAUAUAUCUUCAGCAUCUUAUAAGCUAGAAGAAUCUUAGCUUUUUUUUUUCUUCAAGUCUAUGCUUAUCGAUGGCAAUCCUCAGAGAUGUUUUGUAAGUCCACAUGGGCACAGAAAUGUCAAGGCUUCCUUUCAAAGAAAAAUAACAUUUCUGAGAGUUCUGAAUUAUGCAAAGAGGUAAGUCAUUCAGGGAUACUUUCUGACAUGUAGAGGCAACCAGACACAAAUAGAUGAAAUAACGGUCUUCCCAAAGUGAGCAUUUGCCCUGUACAGAUGAUCAUUCUUUGAUUCUAGACUCGGACACGUAGCAGCACUUACUAGUUCAUAUAAUAAUGUACCUGUUCUUUGGAGGAACUCAAGAGGAUAUGUACAUUGGCCUAAAUAAAGGAGGCCAGCAGUAAGUUCCAUUUGCAAGGCAAACCUUCGGAGAGAAGAUGCUUGUAUCAGUCCUGUAGUGAAUGAGGAUCUCAUUUACAUGACCAAUCUCUUACACAGAAAUAAAUCACUGCGUGACUGUGCUCUGGGUAUAAUGGUAUUGAGCCUGGCCUCCUUUUAUCUUAUAAUCAGUUAAAAUAGGAACUAUAUUGGUCAUUUGCAGAAUUCUUUUAUAUACAAACGAAAAAUCAUGGUGGAAAUGUAUUCAGUGCUCUAAAUUGAU